GGAAGGAAGGAAGAAGGGACGACGGGAAGGAUGAGACGAGAUAAAGCAUGUGGGAGGUGUGAAUCCUGCUCGGAUGAGGCGGCGGUGAGAGGAGGAGAGGUAUGAGGAAUAGGGAGCUGCUGGAGGUGUCCCGUGGGCAUGUUUGUCCUCUGGCCGUUCAGCCUGUGUGUCUCUGCUCUGCACACAGACGCUCUGGGAGGCAGAAGAAAGACGGUCUAAAAAUAAACUGACAUCCACCACCAGCAGAAAAACAAAACCCAAACCGACUCAAAAAAAAAAAAAAAGAGAGAGAAAAAGGACAAAGAAGAACCUCUCUUUCACCCUGUCCGACUCUUUCUCUGCUCCACUUCUGCUUCUCUGUCCUCAUUAGAGAGGAGGUCAUGUCCCAGUCUGGAAAAGUCCUUCAUCUGUAUGUGGAAGUGAGGUCUGCCCCAGAUCAGAAUGGAGGAAAAGGGCCGUUUGGGGAGAGUGAAGGAGGGAUUGCUCAGGGGCAUUCGGUUCAGGACAGUCCUGCGGAGCUCCUUUCGCAGCUAGCGAACCAGACGACCUGCCAGACAGUCAGCAAGGUCUCCACGGCUCACCGCCUGGUUCAGGACUGCACACACGGCCAGUCUCCGUCUAGAAACACUGUUAGCUUUCAGCUCCAGCAAGCCAGCAGCUCACCGACAGUUGCCAAGCGCUGGAGUUCACCCGUCCACUCUUCACCAACGGGAAAGGUUCCUUACACUCCCCCCCUUGGCCAGAGCGAUGGGACCCGAUCUGUGGUCACCUUCAGUUACGUUGAGAAGUCUAAUGUGAAGACUUUGGACAGUCCACGAAACUCCGUAUGCGAGAGACGAACCAGAGAGGAGCGAUCCACCCCCUCCCACGUUAGAAAGCGCUUCAGUGACCCGGUUUGGUUUGGGAGUCCUGAUUCAUCGUGCAGCUCCAGUCCCAAGCUGACGUUCCAAUCUCCGGGAAGUCACCAGCAGACGUUCUCCCCCGGCCUUCGCCAGCCUCACUUGGACCCCAUCGGCAGGGCAGCUACCCAGAGGGCUGUGGAGGAGUUUGGCUCCCCAUUACUGAGGAUUAAACUGGCCCAUGCACUCGAGCACACCUCAUCCUCACGCUACAACCAACAGCCACGCUGUCAGUCGUGGGCCGGGUCUCCUGUUCAGCGGCAGAACAUCAGCGCAAACCCCAAAGACAACAUCGCAGACAGGAGCCAGGCUAUUUGUGGGCUGCCUCGGAGUCCGGCGUCCAACCAGCUGUCCUCCCAGUCCAGGCAGUCUCCUCGUUCAAGGCCUGGGUCCUGUGCCGAACCCCAGAGCCCCCUUCACUGGACAGGAGAGGACAGAGCUAUGGCAGGAAGUCCGGCCUCCAAAAGACACAGGGUCUGCAACAGGAGCGCUUCACCACAGGGAGCAAUCCUACAACUUGGCAAUAAUGGAGUCGAGGGUUUGAACCAGUUAAGUGACAGCAAAUCUUCGUCUCCAGCUCACAGCCCUGAAGUCGCCCGCAGGUUGGCGGAGGAGGCCACCAAAGUAUCUUCGAUUUUCACAGAGGCCAGGAGGUCCUCAUUGCACAACGCUUUAGGCGAGCUUGCAAGUAGCUCAAACUCCGGAGAAUCAGCUCCACAUGCACAACAGUUUAAGCAAACGCUUAAGAUGAACAUCCCUUUAAACGACCAACCCACGCCAGCAACUGAAAACACAGACUCUCACCAGCCUGAAAACUCUGUCUUGCAGUCACAUGAGACAAACUCCCACAUCAACAAUGACACACACCAGGAGGACUGCAUUCAGAAAACCCAGCAUCAGAGCUCAAUUUUAUCAGCAGCUCAGAGUUCCCCUGCUCUUCCUUCACGUGUCCUUCGUCCCUCCCAUCCUCCCACUGAGCUCAGCUCUCCCAUCAGGGACCCCAGGCUUUUCCAGACUGAGCUCCGAGCUCCGGAUACCCCGACCUUGCACCGCCGUCAGCCGCCUCAAUACACCGGAGACUCCUGGUCCCCGAGCCUGGACGGGAGAGGAGACCUGAGCUGCUUUGAGAAAGUGGACUGCACUGAGCUUGCUCGCAGGCUCUUUAUUAAUCAAAGUGUUGAGGAGGCACCGGUCAGCUGGACUUCCAGGCAGCAGUGGGGGAACCUCACCGAGAACACCCCUGGGCAAAACCCUGAGCCUGGAUUUGAGUCCAACAGUGACCAAACUGCUGAUCAAGAACCCAGGCAGCGUCGCAGGCCGCUCAGCCCCACGGCUCAGCAGAAAAGGGCUGAGCAGAGGAGGAGGGAGAUCCUUCUUCUGGGGCCUGUGGUGCUGGAUUCUGCCGAGGAGGAUGAGGGUUGUGAUGAGGAAGGACAGGGCAAUGAGGUGGAGGGAUAUGGUGCAGGGCCUCGCUCGCAGAGGGUGGAAGAACCUCCAGAGGUGGAGCAGAACGGAGCGAUAGGAGGUUCGUCCUCAAGGAGCUCCAGUGGGGUGACGGGGAGUCUGGGGGACAGAGACUGUGUGUCGCCAGAGUCCAGUCAGUCCAGUCACCAGAGCAAUGAGACCGGGGCUGCCACCUCAGGAAUACAGGUGAGUGCUGGGUUGUUUUGA